UUUUCUUUGUUGAAAAAUCAAAUUCUGUGAUCUUUUUUUCAUUAUUAUUACAGAUUUACAAAUUAAUGUAAGCUGUCAUACAUCUUUUAUUUCACUAGAAGCUGAAUGAUUUGAUAUUCAUUGUUAAUAAACUCUCUUGAGGUCCAGCUAAAUAUUUUUCGUGGGAUACUUCGAUUCCUUAGACGUGAUUAUUCUUGCCAAGCACUAACUCUUUUUCCAAUUUUACUUGAAGGAGAGCACCUGCCUUACACAAAGAAAACAGACAAAGUGUUCUAUAGUAAACAUGGAGUCAUUUCUUAGAAAACAGUCUGCAUACUGAAAACAAAACGACAAGAAGUUUGUCUGUAGAUUAACUGUGCAAAAAACGAUUUAUAAACAGUGAAUUGAAAUUGUGGAGUUCUAAAGUAGAAAGAUGACUGGAAAUUUUAGUCUGUUUCAACAUCCUUUGUACAAACGUGUCCAUGCUUGGUCCAAACUACAGUGCAUCGACAAUGUGAUAUCUAAACCUCAACCUAACAAUGGACUGUUGUAUUGCACGCCAAGACAUGAUCACUUUAUGGGGUGUUGGAAUUUUACGUUGGCAGGAAGUAGGGCUUAUCUCCCAUGUCCAGAGUUACCGGGCUUUGCACCAGAGAAUUUUGCUUACUUUGACUGUCUCUCCAAUGGUUCCUGGUAUGUACACCCAUCUACAGGAAAGGAGUAUGCUAAUUAUCUGGGAUGUAGAAACUACCAGAGAGUAUUGAAAGAGACAGAAGAUCAUUUUUUACAUGUAUAUGUUUCCAUUGCUGGAUUCAGUAUAUCCCUCCUAUUGCUUAUUGCUGCACUUGUUAUUUUCUUCAGUUUCAGGCAAUUAAAUUGUGACCGAGUAGCAGUACACAAGAACCUGUUUCUAUCUUACGUCAUCACUGAUCUAUUCAACGUCAUCUACCUGUCUGUCGUCUGCUUAAGUGAGAGUGUUCUGAUGCAGAAUCCGUUGUGGUGCCAGGUAUUACACAUUAUAACACAGUAUGCUGUAGUGAGUAACUUUGCCUGGAUGUUUUGUGAGGGUCUCUUCCUACAUACCUUAGUCAUGAACGCCCUUAAACCUGGAAACUACGUUAUUGUUGCCUGCUUUAUCAUAGGUUGGGUAGUUCCCUUGGUGUUGACAGCUGCCUACGCCGGAAUCAGGGCAACACUGUCGGACAACAUACAAUUCUGUUGGUUAUAUGAAAGUUCCCUGCAAUGGAUCACCUUUGCACCGGUUGUCCUUUCAAUGAUGGUUAACGUCAUAUUUCUUAUCAAUAUCAUGCGUUUACUUAUAACAAAGCUACGACAACUUCCUGAGGCGACUCAAACUAGGAAAGCAGUAAGAGCAACGGGGAUUUUAAUUCCAUUGCUUGGUCUGCAAUUUCUACUUUUCAUAAAGCGUCCAAAUGAUAAAGAAUCCACACUGUAUGACGUAUACACUUAUGCAGUAUCGGUGGUUGUUUCAUUACAGGGAGCUUUUGUUUCCAUUCUCUAUUGUUUCUGCAAUGGCGAGGUUUUGACGUUAUUACAGAGGAGAUGGUAUCAACACAGAGUAUCGUUACCAGGGAAACGGAAGCGCGCGCAAUCUUGUUCCGGGUCCACCAUGUAUACGUUUAUUGAUCCAAUGUCACAAGGAAAUUCCAACAUGCUUUGAUUU